CCUACUAUGAACUAGUUACAUCCAAAUAUCAUCCAAUUUGACCRACAACAUGAUUUUCACUGUCCGGGACCUUUAAUAAACCAUGCAUUUAGUCUUAUUUUAUGUUCUACAGCUGUCCAAGRAAUAUGGAUCUGUUUUCACGGUUCACUUUGGAUCCACAAAAGUGGUGAUCCUGGCAGGAUACAAGACGGUCAAGCAGGCGCUGGUCAACCAUGCAGAGGAGUUUGGGGACAGGGGCAUGCUUCCUGUGUUGUAUGAUUUCACCAAUGGACAUGGUAUUCUGUUUGGCAAUGGCGAAUCAUGGAAAGAGAUGCGGCGCUUUGCCCUGACAAACCUUCGAGACUUUGGGAUGGGCAAGAAAGUGAUUGAAGAGAAAAUCUUAGAGGAAAUUCACUACCUGAUUGAAGUGUUUGAAAAUCACAAGGGUAAAGCAUUCGACACAACCCAGCCAUUGCAUUAUGCUGUCUCCAACAUAAUCUCCAACAUUGUGUACGGCAGCAGGUUUGAAUACUCUGACCCCAAGUUCAAAGCCUCUAUAAAACGAGUUGAUGACAACAUCCGAAUUAGUGGCUCCGUUUCAUUACAGUUGUACAACAUGUUCCCUUGGCUGAAAAGCAGGAAGCUUUUGUUGAAGAAUAUUGAGAACAGCAAGAAGGAGAUGGGGGAGCUGGUGAGGGGGCUGAAGGAGACUCUCAACCCUCAGAUGUGUAGAGGCUUUGUGGACUCGUUCCUUGUCCGAAAGCAGACCCUGGAAGAAUCUGGCAACAAGAACUCUCACUACCAUGACAMCAACCUGAUAUCCUCUGUGGGCAACCUGUUUUCUGCUGGUACAGACACCACAGGGACAACCCUACGCUGGGCUUUGAUGCUAAUGGCCAAGUACCCCCUUAUACAGGACCGGAUCCUGGAGGAGAUCAGCAGAGUCAUAGGAAAUCGUCAGCCCUCAGCAGAGGACAGGAAGAACCUGCCCUACACUGAUGCAGUGAUCCAUGAGACCCAGAGACUGGCCAACAUUUUACCCAUUGCCAUCCCUCACACCACCACCCGAGACAUCACCUUCCAGGGAUAUUUCAUCAAGAAGGGGACGCUUGUGUUUCCYCUACUGACGUCUGUCCUACAAGAUGGAAGCGAAUGGGAGAGCCCACACACCUUUAACCCCGCCCACUUUCUGGAUGAGGAAGGUCGAUUCACCAAGAGGGAUGCCUUCAUGCCCUUCUCUGCAGGUGAGUUCCACUGUUCUUGUAUCCAUACUGACUGG